GGGAGAGCGGUGGGCGAGUGACGUCAGCGCGCGCCCAGACUGCGCGUCACUGCGCAGGGACGGCGUCGCCAUGGAGCCGAGGGCGGGUGUCUCGAAACAGGACAUUCGGGAAAAAAUUUGGGACUACCUGGAAUCACAAAAUCUAGCUGACUUUCCCCGGCCUGUUCAUCACAGGAUCCCAAACUUCAAGGGGUCUUAUCUGGCUUGCCAAAACAUCAAAGAGCUAGAAGCUUUUGCCAGAACGCAGGAACUUAAAGUGGACCCUGAUAAACCUCUGGAAGGUGCUCGGCUGCUGGCCCUGCAGAGCAAAAAAACGUUGCUUGUUCCCACACCGCGACUGAGAACGGGGUUGUUUAAUAAGAUUGUACCACCGCCUGGGGCAACUAAAGACAUCUUGAGAAAAUGUGCCACCUCUCAGGGUGUGCGGAACUACAGUGUCCCAAUAGGCUUGGAUUCCCAAGUCUGCGUGGAUUUAGUUGUUGUGGGAUCUGUCGCUGUUUCUGAGAAAGGCUGGCGGAUCGGGAAGGGGGAAGGUUAUGCUGAUCUGGAGUACGCCAUGAUGGUGUCCAUGGGCGCAGUCAGUGAGGGGACGCCAGUGGUCACCAUCGUCCAUGACUGCCAGGUGGUGGACUUUCCUGAAGAGCUCCUUGAGGACCACGACCUCACAGUCGACUACAUUCUCACUCCAACGAGAGUCAUCGCCACGGAGUGUGUGCGCCCGAAGCCAAAGGGGAUCACGUGGUCCAAGAUCAGCUGUGAGAUGCUGGAAAAAAUCCCGAUAUUAAGAAGCCUUCGCUGCAGAGAGAAGCAGGCCGGGAAAGAUGUCAGCCUCCAGGAUGAGCAAUGGCACCUUCCGGAAAGCGGCAGCCGGCAGACAGCUCCCCAGGCAGCAGCGCCAUGCGGAGCCCAUCCUGUGCACCCAGCCCCUGGCUCCCUGCAAAGGGAGGCCACCUCUUCCCAAGCCCUGGCACUGCCCGCUGCCACCGUUUACGUCGGGAACCUCCCCCAGGACGCCCGCGUAAGCGAGCUGAAGGGCGCCCUCCGGGGGCGGGGUGCAGCUCCCCUGGGGCUCAGCUGGCAGGGCUCGCAGCACCGGGCCUUCCUCACCUACAGGGACCUGGCCUCAGCCCAGCGGGCCAUCUCCUGCCUGCAGGGCUUGCACCUGGGCGCCAGUGCCUUGAGGGUGGAGCUGGCCCAGCACAGAGGAGCGAGUGACCUGGCGGGUGGCAGAGCCCGGCAGGAGGGGCGUCCCUGGCACUGCCCACUGCCUUCUGCCGGGCGCACACCCGGCCACUCUGGUUUGUAGGAACCUGAACACCCCAUGCUUAGGGCUGCUGCGAGCUGCCUGGGCACCAUAAUUCUUUCUAAGAAGUCACAAGCCUUCUAUUUCCUGAUGAGUAGGGUAAUUAGUGAAUAAUAUAUUUCAGAAUACACAGGGGGCUAAAAAUGCUGGUUUAUUCAGGUACCAUUUAUCUUGAUCCUUUAGCCGGGCUGUGGGUGGUGAGCAUGCUGGUUUCUCCAGGGGGUUAGAGAGCUGAGUGAGAGUGAGUGAGGGUGACAGUGAUUUAGGAGAGAAGUGCCCUGAAGUUGGGAAGAGGGGGAGAUUCGGGGCAGCAAGGUGGCUACCCCGUAGGAUCCUGCCGAGAAGGAGCCCUGGCAAGCACCAAAUCCCAGGAGAGUACUCUCGGGGCCUCGGAUCCUGGGCCUGGCGCCCCUGGAGGGGAGCAGGGCGGGGGCUCUGGUCAGCUCACGGAGGCCCAAACGGUCCAGCCCCCAGGGCAGCACCACCCGCUCCCACUCCUAGCGACCCCCCGCGACCCCCGUGCGUAGCAGAUCGGGUGGAAGCUGCGUGUGGGAGAGAGCCGGUGUCCACCCCUCGGCACCUCUCCAGCCCCCCUUCCUCUCUGGGGGAGCGCGCUUAGCCAGCAGCUGCCCGGAGCCCAACGAGGGGCUUCAUUUUGCAGGGAGACGCUGGCUUUGAAACUGAGUGCUGUCCCCCUUCCUAGCCCACAUCACAUACAGACAAAAGUCUUAAACGCCCACGUGCUCCCAUUUGCCCAGUGCCUUGGGUUUUGUUUUUCCCUCCAGCAAGCUGGAUUCUGGCUGAACUGUGCUUUCUAAACAGAAACGCUUUUGCAGUUGAUCCUGGGCAAAAUGUCAAAAUAAGCAUUUAAGUGGAGAUUUUAUUUUUUUCAAAUGUAUAUGUGUUGGAAAUUUUCAUUUUUUAGCCAGAGGGUCUUACUAAGUGUAUUUUAAGCACAUUAUUAUGCCUCAAGAGGGCAAGCCUUGCACGCUCUUUAAAGAAAAUGUUCUUAUAACUUGUGUUUUCCCUCUGGAGCAGCAUUUCUGCACUGGUAUUUCAGUGAGAACACUGAGGAGGCUUUGGAGAAAAAAUCUGUGCUCAGAUAGUAGCUUUGCUCGUUCCGUGUAGACUUCUUUUCCAAGUUGCCAUGAAUGAAAUGAGUGGGUAGAAAUAUCUUAAAAAGUGCCGUGGCCUGGCCUUGGGGUCUCUGGGCUCGCUAUUCCUCCCCCUGAAGAACCCCCUACCCCCAGCUCCCUGGCUGGCUGGCUUUGUUUUAUUGUUGGAUCCUCAGCUGGGAUGUCAGGCCUUUGCCCACUGCUGUCCCUACCUCCUCGGCCUGCUUUAUUUUAUUCAGAAUGUUUCUUGUAGUUGAAACGCUUUGUUUGUUUGUUGUUGACUUUUUAUUGUGUAUUUGCCACCAUUAGAAUAGCAGUUCCAAGAGAUCAGGGAGCGUGUCGGUCUUGUUCACUCCCUGCUGUAUCCCAGCAGCUCAGAGAAAACUGGCAAAGAGUCAGCGACUCAGUAAAGAUGUAUUUUGAGAAUGAGUGCCCUGGAGCCGAGAAGAGAAACUGGUCCUGAGAGUGUCGUUGACCCUCCCGCACCCAGCCAUGGCCCAACACAGGCCUGCCCUCGCAUGCUGAGUUACUCAAGUCAACAAAUGGUCCUUCUUGGAUAAGCCAGACUGCGUGAGCUUUCUGUCACUCACAGCCCAUAUAAUCCAGAUGAAUUGUUUAAUCUGUAAUGGAUCCUUUUUCUAUUUGUGGAAAACAGAUUAUUACAAGAACAACUAAAGACCAAGGGCCUGCAACCUCAGAGCCCCAAAUGUGCCAGCCUGUGCAACCUUGACGUUCUGUCCUGC